AUGAAGAACCAAAAAAGCGCAGAUCAUAACAAGAGAAAGAGACAACCUUCAAAUGCUUCGGAAUCUACAGAUCGAAAUUCUUCGUCCACUACAAACACAUCGUUGGAGCCCAACAUUUUAUCAUCAAAUAAUUUAAUGCCACCACCGCCAUCAUCAAAGAAACGAAAAACCAAAAAACAACCAGAGCCAAAAAACUAUAGCAAUAUAUUACCUUUUGAUUUUUACGAUAAAUUAAAUAUUAAUGGUCAAUAUGUUUUUGUGCUUUCGGAAUUAGAACGAGAGAGUAAUUACCUAAAUGAUGUACAUAGGAAACUCUUAGAACAGCUACACAAACUUCAAAUAGAAGAAUCUAUAAUGAAAAAACAUUUUGAAGCAAUUCAUCAUCAUCAUCAACAACAGGAAGAAUUAUCAGAACAUAACGAACAAGCAGUUCCCGCUGCAGCUCCACCAUUUACAUCCUAUUUGGCUGAACUUAUUGGCCAUUCAUCAGCACAACACAUGCAUCAUGAUGAAUUUCAUGACACUAGCUCAAAUAUUCUGUACGCCCCUGAAAAUAUAAUGUCAACAGAAAAUAUCAAAUAUGCUCCUGGGUUUAAUGAAAUGGAGCUGAAAUCUGGCAAUAAGAGGACUUCAACCUCUACGUCAUCCACACAUGAUCAUGUGGAAGAAUAUGAUAAUGAACAUUUAGGAUCUUCGAAUGUACCAGAAGUGAAGUCCAAAAACUUUUUAACUUUACGUAAAAUGGUAGAAGAAUCAAGAAUUUUUGAUUUAUAA